ACAGGACAGACUGAGAGCAAGCUGGUAAACAGGAACUACAGAAACAGCUUAUAGACAGACACAAGCUGAGAGAGAGAGAGACAGACAAAGAGAGACAGAUCACCUAUAUACUUUACUACAGUAAAGAUUAGAGAUAGACUGGCCCAGAGGUAGAGACAGACAGACAGACAGACAACACAUACUGGCGUUCACUGUAACAUAUACUGUUACGCGAUACAGCAAGGAAUGUAAACAGUCACACAGACUGUGAGAAAGACAGAAAGAUAUCAGGCAACAGGAUGAUGUCCAAAAAAGACGAGCAGAGGUUGUUCAGCAACGGGAGGCUGAGAGACCAAUGGGAGAAGAGAGCUGAGAGCAUUGCGGACCAGUGCAAACAAGAGGCUGAAUGGAAAGAAAAGAGCUCUGUCAAAGUACUUUUUUCAAAGUGGAAUUAUCACUGGUCGAUUGUUGCCAAUGGAGAUGAGGCGAAAGGUGAGAUGUCUGACUUCAGGAAGCUCACCAGCGGCACAGAUGAAAUGGAUAAAAACAAACCGAAAAUUAAAUUCAAAAUCGUCCCUCCUCCUCCCAAAUUUAAACCUGAGCCUCCGCUGCCCCCGCCUCCUCUCAGGAGGACAGCUUCUCCCAAACCUCGCAGGCCAAAACGCAAAGUAGAGGUGGAUGUCUUCCGGCUGUGUUGGAAAGAGUCCUGGAUGAGCCUGAAACCUCCAAAGUAUCUUUACCUGAGAGCCAAAGAGUCCAAAACCAGUAUCCCAGGAUUCACAACCAUAGAGCUGAUUAACAACAGGAAGUACAAAUCAAAGAUGUACAGAUCAGAGGCUGGAGUGACAUGUACUACUGAAUGGAUUAAUUCCUACAAACAGGUGAAGAGUCCAGGCUAUUCGGAGCUCUCUGAGGAGAAACAGUUCCAGUGGGAGAUUUUGUUUGAUAGAGAAUUAGUUUGCAAAGCUAAAUUAGCAGAAUAUUCUCUUCCCAUCUGGGCCGGUACAUGGAAGAUCAUGAACUUUGCCUUCAGACAGCAGAAAAAGAACUGGGAUUGUAUCUGGCCUGAUUACCCACAAAACCUCAGCGACAAGUCUGAUGAAGUACAGCAAUUAAAGGAGCAGGAUGAGCUUUUGGGCUGGGAGGACUCAUGGAAACUGUCUGGGACAGAACUUGAAGCAGAAGACAUCGCAGAUGAUGAGACACCAACCGCAAGCUUCUUAAGCACUGACACCACAGUGAUGAUGAGGAUAAAUGAUGUGUUCCUGCCUGACUGGAGCAUCUCCUGGCUGCUUUCUGCAGCUCCUCUAGAAGAAGUCAAAGAGCGCGAAAGAAACUGGAGCUCCAGCUGGGGAUACAGGCAGCAGAUCAGGUGGCGCAAGGCUUCACUGGUGGCCCAUCAUGAACACAGUGACAUGAUGAUGAGGAGACGUAGAAGCACAAAUCUCCUCCUCACAUCACAGCUGGACGACAAGAUCAUAGACAGUACAGAGUGGACGGAAGCCUGGAGGACUCCGAGAGGAUGGAUGCAACCAGAGGAGGAAGAAGAAGAAACGGAAGUGGAGGAGGAUAUGGAUGACAUAGGAGAGGAGGAGGAUGAAGGAGUAGAUGAAGAGGAGGAGGAGAAUGAGGAGGGAGAUGUUGAUGAAAAUGAGAAGCACAAAGAAGUAGACAAGGAAAAGAAGGACAAAGACAAAGAAAUUAAUGACGAUGAAGGGGAUGAAGCAGUAGAAGAGGAGGAGGAAGGAGAGGAGGAGGAUGAAGGAGUAGAUGAAGAGGAGGAGGAGAAUGAGGAGGGAGAUGUUGAUGAAAAUGAGGAGCACAAAGAAGUAGACAAGGAAAAGAAGGACAAAGACAAAGAAAUUAAUGACGAUGAAGGGGAUGAAGCAGUAGAAGAGGAGGAGGAGGAGGAGGAGGAUGACAUAGGAGAGGAGGAGGAUGAAGGAGUAGACGAAGAGGAGGAGGAGAAUGAGGAGGAAGAUGUUGAUGAAAAUGAGGAGCACAAAGAAGUAGACAAGGAAAAGAAGGACAAAGACAAAGAAAUUAAUGACGAAGGGAAUGAAGCAGUAGAAGAGGAGGAGGAGGAGGAGGAGGAUGACAUAGGAGAGGAGGAGGAUGAAGGAGUAGACGAAGAGGAGGAGGAGAAUGAGGAGGAAGAUGUUGAUGAAAAUGAGGAGCACAAAGAAGUAGACAAGGAAAAGAAGGACAAAGACAAAGAAAUUAAUGACGAAGGGAAUGAAGCAGUAGAAGAGGAGGAGGAGGAUGAAGAAGUUAAUGAGAAGGACAUGGACAAAGAAAUUAAUGACGAAGGGAAUGAAGCAGUGGUGGACAAAGAAGCAGAUGAAGAGGAUGAGGAUGAUGAAGAAGUAAAUGAGGAGGAUGAACAUGGGGAACUAGACAAAGAAAAGGAAGAGAAAGAUAAGGAAGAGAAGAAUGAAGUACACAAGGAGGAGGACGAAGAAGACGAGCAAAAGGAAGAAGAAGAUGUAGACGAGGAGGAGGACAAAGAAGUAAAUGAAAGGGAGGAUAAAGAAAAUGAGGUGAAAAAUGAAGAAUAUGAAAAGGAUAAAGACGGAGAUAAUGUUGGUGAAGAAGUGGAGGAGGAGGAAGGAGAAGACAAGGAUGAAAUGGACAGAGACCAGGAGAAAGACGUAGAAGAUGAAGAAGAGCACAGUAAAGAAGUGAAUGUGGAGGAGGAUGACACUAAUGAGAAGGACAAAGAGGAAGAUGAGGAGGAGGAGACUAAGGAUGAUGAGAAAGUGAACAGGAAGGAGGAAGACAACAAUGAGGAGGAGGAGGAUGAAGUCGACAAUGAGAAGGAGGAGACUGAGGAUGGUGAGAAAGUGGACAGGAAGGAGGAGGACAACAAUGAGGAGGAGGAUGAAGUCGACAAUGAAAAGGAGGAGACUGAGGAUGGUGAGAAAGUGGACAGGAAAGAGGAGGAAAACAAUGAGGAGGAGGAGGAUGAAGUCGACAAUGAGAAGGAGGAGACUGAGGAUGAUGAGAAAUUCCAUAAACUAUACACCUCCUUCUCCUCCUGGAAGCAGUCAUGGAUGGUGGCGGUUGCUCACAAAGCAGGAGAUGAGAAUGAAGAGGAGGUUGAGGAGGACAAGGAAAAGGAGGAGUGGCAGGCUUGGAAAGAGUCAUGGAGGAUUUGUCGCUGGAAGAAACCGGACGAGGACGAGGUGAUGUGUUUCUCCACCAAGCACCGGAGUCAGAGAUACAUGGGACUGACGCUUGAAGAAAAUGGUAUGACAAAAAGGGAAUGGAAUCUCAGCUGGAAGAUGAGCAAGACUGCAGCAAAGGAAGAAAACGCUGAAGAAGAAGAUGAAGACGAAGGGGAUGACAUUAAUUUAAGAUUAUGA